GCAUGAGGGCUUGUUUGUUUUUGGGAAAACAGCCUCAACCGUCCCUCCACCAUCGACUUGGAUUGGUCUGACUGGUUUUUAAUACAUACAACAUAUACGGUCGGAUUUUUGUGCGACAAGAAAGAAUCUAUUCGUUUUCCAGCCUGGAUGAAGGGGCAGACUGUGGAUCAUCGCUGGAGGACUUUUGCGCACUGGAUGGGAUUGCUGGGAAGAAGAAGGAGGCUGUCGAGGUUGGGACUCUAGUGAGGGAGGUUCAGGCCCAGCUGCUGUGAAAAGGAGUCAUCCUCAUCAGGACCUGAGUCGCCCUUUUUGUUGCACGUUAACGACACGAGCCGAAGCUCCAGAGCGAGACAUUUCACACGUCCACCUCUUGUCUCAGUGACCUCAGCAUCUGAACCAUGAUGGACGAAGACAUCAACGAGGACCGGGCCAAGCUGAAGCAGGGCCUCGUCAAAGUGCUCCACUGCGUGGCCACCAUCUCCUCAGCCGCAGCUGUGGUUAACCCCAUUUUUGGCGUGGCCGGCUCCCUGAUCCGGGUGGUGCUGCACCACGUUGACGACGAGGACAUCCGCACCCUGAAACGUGAGUUUGGCUCGGUCAACCGGAUGCUGGACCAGCUGUCCCAGCAGAAUCGCAACACGCUGGUGCAGAUCAAGAAGGAGACGGUGGACGGCCAGUACUGUCAGGUGGAGGAGAACCUGAAGAACCAGUUCAGAAAGUUCAUGGAGAUGGUGGAGGCGCGGCCGCAGCACCGCGAGGGCAAGAAGGACGACUUCGAAGACAGCUACGCCAAUGACUUGGGCGACCAGAACCUGCACACGCUCUACGACGGCGUGGUGGGUAAACCGAAGCUCUUCAGCAGGCCCAUCCUGGAGGUGUACCUGAAGCACUCGCAGGGCGACCGGCCCACCAUGGAGCGGCUCUGCACGCGGCUCACCUACCUGUUCUGCAUCGGCCUCAUCGCCCUGAUGGGCUACGCCGCCGUCAUCGGGGACGAUGAGGAGAGCCUGACGGAGGAGUGGGCCGAGAAGAUGGAGCAUGUGCAGGAGAAGAUGCAGGAGGCUCUUCGCAGGUGCCAAUGAAGAAGCUGUGAAAUGAAAAGCUUGUUUUCUGCACUUUGUCUUCAGGACUCGCAGGUCCAUAUUCCAGCUGUACCUUCCUCCUCCUCCUCCUCCUUCUAAGUUUCCUCUUCCCCUUUAAGCACUUUGUCGCCCCCUUGGUUCACAAGUUGAGAACCCAGAGAUAACAUUUGAGCAACAGUGUCACAUUCAAAAAAUCACAAAUCAAAUUUGUCCAAACCUGCUGAAUAAGCAUCUUUCCACAUUGUUUCUCUCCAGCUGGAGGUAAAGUAAACAAUAUUAUAAUACAACAUUCACCUAAUUGUGUUGGACUUUAUUCACAAUUGGCUACAAGUCACUAAUGAAUUCUUCAAAUUUAGUGAUCGAUCUGGAUUCUACUGUGAUGAUUUAAACUGAUGAAUGAAUGUUGAGAUCAAUCAUCUGUGGGCUCAUUUUAAAUCAUCUUAAAUCUAAACCAGGAUUUAAGUUUCAUGCAGAAAUAUCACCUCUACAAAUUGGGCCUAACAGGCUAUAGUGAGUGAUAUUACAAUCUAUCCCCCACCACAAUGCACUUUUAGAAAAUAACUGCUAAUAAGCCAUUUAUUGCAGAUUUUGUGAACACUACAAAGGAAAAGUAUGUUGAAACGAAGUACUAACGAGGUUAGGCUGCUGCCAUUGAGCCUAACAACACUACAGAGCCACUUUGAAAUUAGACAAAGUUAAUAUCCUCAAUUGUUUCUCUCAUUGAUGAGAUAAUUAUUCAGUUUGAGUUGCCAAACAAAGUUGUCAGCAAAGUUCUAUAUCUGAUCUAUAACGUGAAACGCUAAACAAGGAGCAAAUAUCGCAAAGUCUUGUGAGCUAUGAAUGUAACUACACGUAUAAUCACAUAUUCACAGCCCUGUGUCAUGUGAUCACACACAUGUUACAGUGUACACGUCUUAUGCAUGGAGCUUGUGAUACAUUACACCUGUGGCUGUCGAGCGCUAAUUCAAGAUGCUGCUGUGCCGAGUCAUUUAUUUUGUCUUUACUUUAACUCACAUUUACGUUAAGAAAACACUAAUAGUACAAAUAAAAAAUACUCAACAGAGUAUUAAGGCCACAUUGAGGAAAGGAUAUUAUGUGAUUUUGAAAAUGUUCUAAUAAGAGCAUAAAGUCGUAAUUUAAAGACUCACAUUUCGUGUAAGCAUCCUCAAAUUAUGACUUUGUUGUCAUAAAUCUUUAUCCUUGUAAAUUUACAAAAGAUUUUUUUUAUAUAUUCUCCGAUUGUCAGAUUUUUUUUUUUCUCCAUUAAGUGGCUUUAAUGCAUUGUUAUAAAAGCCAGACCUGUUUUAACACUAAACUAUGCUCCACAACAAAUACACUAAAUCUAAACCAAAUAUACUGAGCUUCUAUUUUCACCAUGUUCCAUGUUGCAUUGUUUAUUUUAUACAUAACAGAUUUUACUUUCUCUUUGUUGUGUCACGGAAAGUUUUUAUUUCCCUUUGACUUUCUUUGACUUCCCCUCUCUUGUCCUACAGUCUUUAUCAACGCAGGAGCUGCACUAAGUGUUGUUGUAACAUGUGGGUAAAAUGAUCAGUGGGUUUCUCUGGGGUUUGGUCAUUUAGAGCCAAUAAAACAUUUAUUAUUGAUCAUCUGGUUGAUUCUCAGCAUCAGUUUAACUAUUAGCUCCUCGUCAUCUUGUCUUGUGCGUCUUCAUCUGACCAACGGUGCCUAAAUGGGCUAUUUUUGUAUUCUUUCUAUUAAGGGUUGUAGGCUUAUAUUAUUGUAUAAGGCAUUAUCUGAACGGUUUUUUUUUCUACAGUUAAAAGAAUGUUUGUAAAUGUGCGUCAUGUUUUUUCUUUGUUUUAUCAGACUGGUGGUAUCGGAUGGGUUUGAUCGCUGCAUCAGAAAAGUUGUUGAGUAGAAGAAUAAAGAAAACGUGUGAUCACUAAACAACACGAUUGUCGUUAACAGCUUUCAAACCUGUCACUUUGUAUAUUUUAUAUUUUACUGAGGUCCACACUCUCGUCCUUUCGAUACCAGUCUCUGUGUUAAACUGGUUUGAGUCCCUGGCUGAACGCCGCCUCUCUUAUUGUUACAACAGAUUCUGUAUAUGCUACGUUCAUAUAGUCAACAUGCUGCAGACAUGCAGGAAAGAGCCUCUUAUAAAUGUCUCGUGUGUGAAUAUGUUGCCUUUUUUUGUUAUGCAGCACAAUAAAUAAACAUGAGUGAAAAAUA